AUGGAAACAGGAAGCAGUAGCAGGAAGAACCAGAACCAGAAGCAGCAAGAUCACGAUUUAGGGUUAGAGAAAGUUCGCUUAAUCAGUUUAGCUCUCGAAUUCGGUUUCGAUGAACAAUCCGCUAACCAAUGUUUCGACCGUCUCGUCUCUCUCUACGGUGAUGAUGGUCGUGAUUUCAUCACCGUUGAGCACUGCGGCGAUGAUUUUCUCACUGCUUUGGCGGAAUCGGUGCAAGACACGGAGGAAUGGGAUGAUUUACGCGAAAUGGAAUCACAGGCUGUCGGAACUUUGAAUCACGUGCUUGAAGAACGUUUUUCCAAGUGCGGUGAUGGUUCUGAAUCUUUCAUUGAUGUUAUUGACGAUUCGCCUCAGAAACGCCGGACUAAAUUUGUUGAAUUGGGUUCAAGUGAUGAUGAGGAUGCAAGGGGUAAUUCUGUAUUUUCGGGUCAACAACAUCCUUUAAACUCAAUGGAUGGCAGAAGUUGCAUCACUCAAGGCUCAGUUUCAUCAACUUCCAGAAAAAUACAAUCCUCCUUUGCUUCAAAGGAUAGAACUAGUACUCUCACUUAUGAAGAAUUGCAGGCACUAGAUGAUAUCGAAUUGGCAAAUGUUGUUAUCUUUGGUAAUAAAACACUUCGACCAUUGCAGCAUCAAGCAUGUAAAGCAACUUUGGCAAAACAAGAUUCUUUUAUUCUUAUGCCUACUGGAGGUGGUAAAUCUCUUUGCUAUCAGCUUCCAGCAACCCUUCAACCAGGAGUUACAGUAGUUAUAUCUCCCUUACUUUCACUCAUUCAGGAUCAAAUAAUAACACUUAACCUCAAGUUUGGAAUACCUGCUACUUUUUUAAAUUCACAACAAAAUGCUUCCCAAGCCGCAGCUGUCCUCCAAGAGCUAAGAAAAGACAAGCCUACGUGCAAGCUCUUGUAUGUGACACCUGAGAGAAUUGCGGGAAACCAAACAUUUCUUGGGAUUCUAAAAUGCAUGAAUCAGAAGGGACAGCUGGCAGGUUUUGUUGUUGAUGAGGCACAUUGUGUUAGCCAGUGGGGACAUGAUUUCCGGCCUGAUUAUCGUGGAUUAGGAUCUCUUAAGCUAAACUUUCCACGUGUACCUGUCAUGGCAUUGACUGCCACUGCAACUCACCCAGUUCGCAAGGACAUUUUAAAUGCUUUAAGAAUUCCACAUGCAAUUGUUCUUGAAAGAAGCUUUGACAGACCGAAUUUGAAGUAUGAAGUGAUUGGUAAGACAAGGGAACCACUGAAGCAGCUUGGAAAACUACUAAUGGAUCGAUUCAAGAGUCAGUGUGGCAUUGCAUACUGCCUGUCAAAGAGUGAAUGUGUCGAGGUAUCAAAAUUUUUGAACGAGAAAUGUAAAAUUAAGGCAGCAUAUUACCAUGCUGGUUUAGCUGUCAAACAGAGGGUUGCUGUUCAAAAGAAAUGGCAUGAUGGAGAGGUCCAUAUCGUAUGUGCAACUAUUGCUUUUGGAAUGGGGAUAGACAAACCUGAUGUUCGAUUUGUCAUCCACAAUACAAUGUCAAAAUCAAUUGAAAGCUAUUAUCAGGAAUCAGGAAGGGCUGGAAGAGAUAAUCUUCCUGCAGUUUGCAUUGCUCUAUACCAGAAGAAAGAUUUUAGUAGAGUUGUAUGCAUGAUAAGAAACGGCCAAGGAUAUAAAAAGGAGAGUUUUAAGACAGCAAUGGCUCAAGCCAAAAUGAUGCAACAGUACUGUGAAUUAAAGGAUGAAUGCCGGAGACAGACCCUACUCAAACACUUUGGAGAAUCAUUUGAUAGAAAGACCUGCAAGUAUGGCUCUAGCCCUUGUGAUAACUGUCUCAAGACAUAG